AUUAUUUUUUUUCGUGUAAAAUAGUUAAGUUUGGAGAACAAAAAGAUAAAUAUAUAACAUGAAAGUAGAAAUAAUUAAGAGAUGAACAAGAAUUCUUUUUAAGAAGAAAAUGGGGAAAAGAAAAAGAAAAGAUUGGAGGUUGCAUUUCAACUGCAUUAGAGACAUUUUCAAGAAAUCUGAAACGGGCGCGCCAAACUACAACUGAAAUAACAGCCUCUCACACUGCCCCCCUCUCUCUACAACCUUACUUCAAUUCAACCAAUGGCGUAUCCUUCCCCACCAUCACCACCCUCCACCCUCCUCCUCCUCCUCCUCCUCCUCCCCCUCAUAACCCCCGCCAAUGCCACCACCAGCUUCUCCACCACUUUCCGCGAACUUGAAACCAUGCUGGAAGCACUCCGAAACCACGGUUAUCCACUCUUUACCAACGCCAUCACCACCUCCGACAUCCAAUAUCAGCUUCUCUCCACCACCACUUCCCCAUUCACUCUGUUUGCACCAAAAAAUUCGCUGCUCCGCGCACUUUGCAUGGACUUGGACGCCCCCGCUUACAUCAGCACUCUCUGGUACCACGUCAUCCCCGAUCACCGCCACACCUUCACCGACCUCCAAAACCUCUCCUCCCCUUUCCUCGACACCCUCCUGCCCCACUACUCAGUUUUGAUCGGCAAAAUUCAAGACAGCGACGCUUUGUCCGGCAAUGCUACAGUUGGCGUAAUGGUGGAUGGAGUGAGCUUGUCGGACCCGGAUCUCUUUCUCGGGCCGAGAAUUGCAGUUCACGGGAUCGACGGAAUUCUAGUGAUCGGACUGAACAUGUACCGAGAUUUGGAUGGCAAUGAUAAAGAGCGGGAGAGUUUCCCUCGGGCAGAAUCUCCGCCUUCGUUGUCGUCUGAUCAGUUUGGUUGGCAUAAUGACGGGAAUAUUCGGGUGGCCCCGGCGCCGGAAAUUUUGCAGGAUGAGGGGGAGAGAGUGAAGAAUGUGAGGAAAAAGAAGAGAGCGAGACGGCACCGCCGAAGACCAAGAGCGGAGCCGGAGGCAUAGGGUAUUUCAUGGUCAUCACCCGGAUGAUGUAUAGAUGAAUUGAUGGGCAUACAUGGCUAGCUAAGGGCCAUUAGUGUAAUAUUUGAGGUAACAACGGGACAAAUAUGUCAAUUCAUCAAAAGCAGUUUGAAGUUGAUGGUUUCUAGAGUAAACAUUGCUAUCAUGAGAGAAGGGAGAUGGAUUUUAAUGCAGUUGAGUUGAAUAUCAUUUUCACUGAAAUUUGCGCCAAAAAAUUGCUGUUUUGAACCAUAUACAUUUCAUUGGAAA